UUCUUGUCACAGAAAAGAAUACAUAAAUAUUCGGAUAUUCAGAAUUAAACUUAUAUUUAAAUAUUUAAGAAAAAUGGGACCCUUUGGUACUUAUAUUGCAUUAAUGACUGCGGCGUGGGGAAUGCAGCUUUGUCCUCGGCUAUAUAUCGGCUCGGGUCAAUCAAUCUUAAGACUGCAGAUUUCGAGCAUUACAAGGGCCUUUAUUGAGGCCAAUCUAUAUACUCUGCUGACGAUGCUGGUUGUACUUGUGCCCUUUAAAAUGUUUACAAGCCAGCGGCAGCGCAACUUCAAGUUCAUCUUUGCAAUGCCCUAUUUGCUGCAGUAUAUCAGCUGUUUUUGGAUCACUACCCAGAAUAUUAAUGAGCUUCUGACGUCACCUGCGAUACUGGCGAUGGAGGAUUAUGUCUUAAUACACCUAAAAAUGAUCCUGAUCUUUGGUCUGCAGCUGCUCGCAUUGAUAGAAAUGGUUUUCGUUUUGUUUUACCUCCUGAAGAAGCAGUCUCAGGAGGUGGUUAAAUAUAAAUAAUCUGAGUCUCAAGAAGGAAAAUGCAAAAGCAGGAGCCGUAAGAUGAAAUUAAAGCUCCUACCCUUGCGCCAACUCCUUUCAACAAUUAGUAGCGGAUUAUUUGAUUAGCCCGCUAAUUGCCUUGUCCUUAACACCACACCAAAUAAAUUUUGAGAACA